ACAAGCUUGCUUUUGGAUGCACUGUUUCGUGUUCACAUCCAGAUCUACAGCUACUUGGUUCAUGAACUUGGACAUGUUCACUCACCAUCUAAGGUUACGGUUUUGAUUAAUGUGACUUUAUCUCAUAAGCAUACGACAAAGAACAAUGGCGGAUAUCCUUGACACUGAAUCUGCAAGCAGGGGAUAUGACAACCCUUCUUUCCAACAUGAUGAAAAUCUUGAACAAAGUGACCAGUUAAAGCCCAAAAGAAGAAAGAAGGAAAAUGAGAAGACAGAGAAACGUGUGGUUGGCAUUUGUGAACUGUUUUGCUAUGCUGACUGGGUGGAUGUCCUUCUGAUGGUAGUUGGUUUGAUCGCAGCUGCUGCAAAUGGUACUGGAUUGCCGCUUAUGAUCAUUGUCUUUGGAGAGAUGACAAACAGCUUUGUGCUGAGUGGUGUGAAAUCAAAUAUGUCAGAAGAUACUUCAGUAAAUAGUUCCAGCUGUUCAUUGAUUCCAGGCAUAGAUAUAGAAGGUGAAGUGACAAAGUUUGCUUACUACUAUGUGGGAAUUGGCUGUGCUGUGUUGAUACUGAGCACCAUCCAAGUAUGGACAUUUUUGAUUGCUGCUACAAGACAGACAGCAAGGAUCCGGAAGAAGUUCUUUUUUGCAGUGCUCCAUCAGGAGAUGGCUUGGUUUGAUACUAUCCAGAUAGGAACUUUGAACACCAGACUGACAGAUGACAUCAACACCAUCCACGAAGGCAUCGGAGACAAGAUCUGUAUAUUUGUACAGUUCUUUGCCACGUUUCUGGCAGGGAUUAUUAUAGGAUUCGUCCACGGGUGGAAGCUGACACUGGUGAUUUUGUCAGUCAGCCCUCUGCUUGCUGCAUCAGCAGCAGUUUGGUCAAUCCUCCUGGCAUCCCUUACUGCUAAAGAGCUGACUGCUUAUGCUAAAGCAGGAGCUGUGGCAGAAGAAAUUUUGACAGCAAUCAGGACUGUUAUGGCUUUCAAUGGACAGGAGAAGGCAUUAGCAAAAUAUGAUGCUAACUUAGAGAUGGCUAGAAGUGUUGGAGUGAAAAAAUCCAUUACCACCAAUACAUCUCUAGGUGUUUCACAAUUUCUUACCUUUGGAUCCUAUGCGCUUGCAUUUUGGUAUGGAACCAAACUCACUGCUGAGGAAGAAAAUUAUGACAUUGGUCGUGUGUUAAUUGUGUUCUUCUCUGUGCUCAUUGGAGCCUUCUCCCUGGGCCAGGCAGCUCCUAACCUGGAAAGUGUAGCUAAUGCGCGUGGAGCUGCCUAUGAAGUAUAUCAGAUUAUCAAUAAGAAACGGCUCAUAGAUAGCAGUUCUAAGGAAGGCUACAAACCAGACAAACUCAUAGGAGAAAUUGAAUUCAGAAACAUCCAUUUCAGUUACCCAUCCAGACCUGAUGUUAAAAUUCUCAAAGGUCUAAACUUGAAAGUUCAAACUGGGAAGACCAUUGCUUUAGUUGGUGCCAGUGGUUGUGGAAAAAGCACUACUGUUCAGUUGCUGCAGAGGUUCUACGAUCCUGUCCAGGGAGAAAUUACCUUAGAUGGUCGGGAUAUUCAGACACUUAAUGUAAAGUGGCUACGAGAAAAUAUUGGUAUCGUGAGCCAGGAACCUGUUUUGUUUGCAACAACAAUAGCCGAAAAUAUUCGCUAUGGCCGAGAAGAUAUUUCUGAUGCUGAAAUUGAGCAAGCAGCCAAGGAAGCCAAUGCUUUUGACUUCAUAUCUAGACUGCCUGAUAAAUUUAACACCAUAGUGGGGGAAAGAGGGGCUCAGCUGAGUGGAGGACAGAAGCAGCGAAUAGCUAUUGCCCGCGCCCUAGCAAGAAAUCCCAAGAUUCUUCUUCUGGAUGAAGCUACAUCUGCACUAGAUACUCAGAGUGAAUCCAUAGUGCAAGCAGCUCUUGAUAAGGCUCGCGCUGGACGUACCACUAUUGUGAUUGCUCACAGACUGUCUACCAUCAGAUCGGCUGACACUAUUGCUGGAUUUGAGAAGGGCAUUGUGGUUGAACAAGGAACACACAGUGAACUCAUGUUGCAGAAGGGAGUCUACUAUUCCCUUGUAAUGCAGCAGGGUUGUAGCAAUAAUGUUCAAGAUGAUGGGACAUCAGAAGACAGUGAAGACACAGGAGGUGAGGAAUAUGAGGAAAAUUACAGAAAUGAUCUUGUGGAGGAGCUGACUCUUCAAGAUAGUUUUGAAGAAUCAGUGAUCCCUGGGAGAGGCAGCAUUCGAAGAAGAUCCAGCAGAUAUAAGAGCAAGAGACGCUCUUCUAAGAAAAAGUCCUCUGGAAAAAAGAAAAAGAAAGAGUUGGAGGAAGAAAAUCUCCCUGUUGUGCCUUACUCAAGAAUCCUGGCUCUGAACAAACCUGAAUGGCUGUAUGUACUUCUGGGAGUGAUUGCUGCUGCUGUCUCAGGUGGGGUCCAUCCUGCAUUUGCUGUUAUAUUUGGAAAAAUCAUUGGGGCUUUUCAAGAAACAGAUCCAGAAAAGCGGAGUAAAAACACUUUGGUGCUUUCUUUAAUGUUUCUUUUACUUGGAGUGAUUACCUUAGCAGCAUAUAUAAUCCAAGGAUUCAUGUUUGGGAAGGCUGGGGAAAUGCUAACAAUGAGACUGCGUUCUUUGUCCUUCAGAGCACUGCUUCAGCAGGAGGUUGGAUGGUACGAUGAUCAGAAAAAUGCUGUUGGUGUUCUACUAACUCGGCUUGCUACAGAUGCUUCCCAAGUCAAAGGGGCAACUGGAAGCCGCCUUGGACUGACGACUAUGACUGUCUCUACCCUUCUGACUGCCAUCGUUAUUGCUUUCGUAUACGGCUGGCAGUUAACUUUGCUUAUCCUGGCCUGCAUUCCUUUCGUUAUUGCUACGAAUGCUGCAAGUGUUAGUUCUGUGUCUGGUCAUGCCGCAAAAGAUCAAAAAGCUCUGGAAGAGGCUGGAAGAAUUUCAACAGAAUCGGUUGAAAACAUAAGAACUGUAGCUUCAUUGACCAGGGAAGAAGCAUUUUAUGAAAGAUAUGUGGCUAGCUUGAAUGGUCCAUAUAGAGAUUCUCUAAAAAAAGCCCCUCUCUAUGGAUUUACCUAUGGAGUAGCUCAAUGUGCAAACUACUUUAUUAAUGCAGCAGUCUUCAGAUUUGGGGCUUGGCUCAUUGCCCGUUGUCUGACCAACUUCGAAAAUGUAUUUAUAGUCUUCUCUUCGAUCAUAUUUGCAGCUAUGAAUGUUGGUCAGUCUGCUUCCCUGGCACCAGAUUAUGGCAAAGCUAGAGUGUCAGCCCAAAGAAUCUUUCAGCUUUUGGACAGAAAACCUCUAAUUGACAGUUACAGUGAAGAAGGUGAAAAAUUGAGCAAUUUUGAAGGCAACAUUGAAUUCAGAAACAUCCAUUUUGUAUAUCCAACAAGGCCAGAAGUUCAAGUUUUGCAAGGACUCAACAUGAAGGUUAACAAAGGACAGACUCUGGCAUUAGUGGGAAGCAGUGGCUGUGGCAAAAGCACAUCCAUUCAGCUUUUGGAGAGAUUUUAUGACCCUGUGGAAGGACAAGUGUUAGCAGAUGGAUUUGAUACCAGAUCUUUACAUUUACAAUGGCUGAGAUCCAGACUGGGCCUAGUGUCACAGGAGCCCAUUUUGUUUGACUGCAGCAUUGCUGAAAAUAUUCGAUAUGGAGACAACAGUAGGGCAGUUAGUCAGGAGGAAAUUGAAGAAGCAGCUAAAGCAGCAAAUAUUCAUACCUUCAUUGAAAAACUACCAGAGAAAUAUAAUACCCGGGUGGGUGAGAAAGGCACACAACUUUCUGGAGGUCAAAAACAAAGAAUAGCAAUUGCCCGUGCUCUGGUUCGUAAUCCUGCCGUUCUGCUUCUGGAUGAAGCUACCUCUGCUCUUGACACAGAAAGCGAAAAGAUCGUCCAGAAAGCUCUGGAUAAUGCCCGACAAGGUCGAACCUGCAUUGUCAUUGCUCACCGCCUGACGACUGUACGGACCGCAGACAUCAUUGCAGUGAUCCAGAACGGCAGGGUGGUUGAGCAGGGCACUCACAGUCAGUUACUGGCAAAGGAAGGGCACUACUAUGCCCUUGUAAAUGCACAAAUUUCUAAUUAGUACUGAAAGAUUCUGUUAAUUUUUUUUUUUUUUCUGGGAAGAUAUGAAAAGCUUACAGAGAAUUAAUGUUUGCUGUGUCUGUGCUAAUGGAGCAGGGAACUGUGUGUUGCAGCCUGGUUGCUGUACCCUACCCAGUGUAGCCCCUGCCCCACACACCUGUGGGGAUAAGCAGUGCAUGCUCCAGGGUGGGUCAUGGAAGAUGCACAGGGGAGUCCCAGCAGCUGAAUCUGCUGGGCAGUUGUGGGGAUCAUCUGAUCUGGAGGGAGCCAGACCUGGAGUAGUCUCACCCACACCACAGCUUAAGUGGGGCACCCUGCUCUCACUGUCCCCCCCAAACCCCCUGGCCCAUACUAGGUGCCACAGGCCAAGGCAGCACCAGAGUGUGACAGUGGUCAAGCAUCAUGGAUAAGCAGUGAGAUUGUGCUUGCCCCUUGGGUUUCUUCACCAGCCAGAUGCAGCUGUAAAGUCACCUUAAUUAAUGACUGUCAGUUCUUACUGACUGCUGAGAUUCCAAACAAAGGCAUUUGUAUUAAAUUUAGAGAGAAGGGGUUGAAUGUGUGGGUUUGUGGGGUUUAUUCCCCAUUUCCUGCUGCAUUUCUAAUACUAUUGUGCUUCGCAGCUUUCUUGGAGAUUCAAUAUUCUAUUUUAGACAAUAAUUGUAAUAGUUAUAAGCUUUCCAUGUAGAGAGAAACUGACAUGAAAGAUUCCAUUGUUUUAUUUAGUAUUUUGCAAUUGCUGACCUAACAGUUUAAUUGCUUUUGCAUCCAUCAGGGUGAUUUCAGAAGUCUUGCAAAGGAGUUAGGAUGGCUGCUUUGGAGUGGACUCAUUUCAGCCAUAUAAAUAGGUUUUCUUUUUUUUUAAAAAAAAAGUGGUUUUCAAUAUGAAGUCCUUGAUUUUGAAUAGACAUGGCAUUUACGGACAUGGUUUAGUGGUGGACUUGGCAGUGGUAGGUUAAUGGUUGGACUUGAUGAUCUUAAGGGUCUUUUCCAACCUAAAUGAUUCUCUGAUUCUAUGAAUAAUUUUUAAAAUUGUUUGUAGUGUUGGCAAAACACAUGUGCUUUAAUAAUUGGUUAUUCCUCUGAUAUAUUUCUUGGUGCAGCAAUACAUCCUUUAACAAUGAAGAAUAUGUACUAUGUAGUCAGAGUGACUCAUCACCUGGGGUUUUGGGCUGGUUAAACCCAAUUGCAUUUUAAUUUUCCAAGGCUUUGCUUGUGGCUUUGGGUUAGGAUUCAUGGCCUGGAGCAAUCUGCAGUACUUCAUAAUUUCUAGGUAACUCUGCUCAAUUGUAUCAGACAAAACUUACAGUAAUGAUUAUCUCCUGUGCCCCUUUCAGCUGUUUUCCAGCAUCAGGGUCCAUGAGGGGAAUAAAACACGCAAAAGAAAAUAAAUUCUGGUCUCAGCUUUGCCAAAAUACAGCCACUCUCGCUUAUGCAGUUUUUCUCAGGGACUAUUACAAGAGGAGUUAUCACUCAUUCAGGCACCCCUCUUGUGUGACUUCUAUGCUUUCUUAUGAGAGGCAAAUACUACAGGAGUUGCUGCUCUUAUUACAUUCCCAAUUAUUCUAUGGAGGCUGCAAUUAAUUCCUUUUUUCCCUGUUUUGUUUCUGCACUGGCGUUAAAAUUACAAGCAGUAGAGUUUGAUUCUUAGUUUUUAAAUUAAAAAAAAAUAAUUUAAAAAUUUCUGGAUAAAAAAAUUAAUCCAGAAAUAUUUUGGGGAAAGAAAGAGUUAUUUUGUACUCUUGGGUUAGAUGUAUAUGUGUUUUUCAUUACUACUGUGAUGGAUAAUAAAUUUUGCACUAUUAUAAUUCAUUACAAUCUAUUGCAGUAAUAAUUAAGUAAGAUGAAAUAAAAACAGGAAAUUGAUUUAAAUGUACAAAUAGAGGCGUUUACAAUCACUAAACUAAGGCUUUGUAACAUAAUGAAUCAUCUAACAUCUGGGGCUAGUUAAGGGAGCAUCUUUGCGGAAAAUACUGCAUUCACAUUUAUGCAGAUAACAGAAGAAUCCAAAACGUGCUCCCUGCCCACCAGCUUGGAAUUAUUUACUAGCACAGGGGCAAGAGGAGUGAGGAAAUAUAUGCACUAUUUGACCUGGAAGGUGCUGAAAGAGCUGCAGCAUGUUCAACCUAGAAAAAUCUGGGACGUCUUUCCCCUUAUUUGCUCUUUCAGAGGUCAACAUUACCCCCGUAAAGAAAACUGACUACACUUUCAUCCCUUUUGGCAUGUUCCUCACCCUUGUUUACACAGAGCAUUCUCAUGCUGCAAUAACUGGACAGACUCAGCACCAGCUAUGUAUGUGAAGGAUUGUUCCUUAUGGAAGCGUUGGCAUGGGUUUUGGUUGGAGCCAGAAGGAGCACAGGUGCCAAUGUCGUGAUAGAGGAAGUGUGUGUGCACCACUUUGGGCUGUGACAGCCAAGUGGGGACACAACAGUGUCUGACAGCUGUGCCUCGGGAAUAUCCUCGGCUUGUACGUGAUGGAAAAGGGGAAAUGGAACGCACUGUCGAAGUAAAUUGUGGUGAUAUACUGAAGUUCACAAGCUAGAUGUUAUGUAACACAUGAACACAUUCUACUGAUUUAUCUCAGUACAAGCAUACUAAAUGCAGUUCAUAUCACAGCCCUGUUUAAAGGAUCAGCUGCAGACCUGAGAAAAACACUGGACAAAAGCAAGUCCUACCCAACAUGAAAGAGAUGGUGAGCAAAAAACCAGAGCAAAAUCCCAAACAUCUGUAAGAAUGACAAAAGAGCACACUACUGCAUGCCUGCUAAAAGGCAGACUGAGCUGGAUGGCUUUACUGACUCCAUGAAAUGUAAAUAGAUUAAUAAACUCAGCUUGUAGGCACUAAUAACAAACUCUAUGCUCUGAUGGUCUGAAAUAAACUAUCCAAGUCACCUUCCUAGCUCGAUAAUCCCAUGGAGAUUACAGACUGACUGUGCUGUGACUAAAAGCAGACCUAAAUUCAGAGAUAAAUGUAUGCUACAAAGCACCUUUUCAGCACCAAACCAUAGACUUGAUAUAGAGAUCAAAAGAAUUAGCCUUGACAGAAAAGGCAAGCCUAUGAGGAUGCACCUUAAGAGCAGAGGAUUUGUUGGCCCCACCACUCUGUCCUGUGCUGCCAUCUACCCCAGGUGCCACAGUUAAAAAAAAACUUCCCUAUCCCUGCACAAGCAGGGGUUGGAGCUCUUCAGAUGCACAUGCAGUACGGCCACUGCUGGUGUCACUGGGCACGUCACCCCUAAAAUGACUGCCACAAGGGUAGUGAUGAAGGAAACACAUCAGCCCAUGCUUGUCAAGCAAAAACCUCAUUCAUGACUAGACAAGAAGCACUUGACCCGGACACUGGCUUUGUGCCAGUACUGAUCUAAGCCUCCUACAGAAUUACUAAGGUGUGAUGUCCCGAACAAGACAGUGAAGACUUCAGAGAAGGCAUUCAUAAGGGAUUUUGGGGUGUUUCUUAACCACUUGACUUCACUGUAGUAUCAUACAUAGCUGUUAAAUUUGAUUAAAAUUUUGCAAUCAUUAGUCUAGUUACAAUGUUAAUUACUAAUGCAGACUGAAGCCCCAGAGAUGGGAUAAGUAGCUGACAGAAGCACGUGAACUAGAAGGCACAGGACUUAAUUAUCUUUAUGGCCUCAAAUAAUUAAUUGUCCACUUGUUUCUAUGAACACUGGAGUGCACCAGUCCCAGUGGGUGCGGAUGUUUCCCACUCCUGGAUGUGCUAUUUCAGUUUGAAAUACUUGUUGGCAAUUCAGGAAUAAUACUGUUUGCAAAUCAGUAAAUUAAUAUAAUGUUUAUCAUCACAUGUUUUUUUCCCAAAUGUCUUCUUUCCUCUGCAGCCUAUAAAAUUUCAAUUUAUGUUAAUCUAAGCCCUGUAAAGUAUGCGUCCUCACAAAGAAGUUAUACAAUUGGAGGUUUUUUAGGGGCAGCUGAAAUCCUAGUACAUCCAUGUGUACCUGUAUUAGAUUUAUGAGUUUAAACUUCGAAGAGUUUGCAAAACUGCUAAACAAUCUGUGGCAGACACUACCUAACCUGUCCUUUCUCGGCUGCCAUCAACACCCAUUGCACGGCUGACUGUCACCUACGUCUUUGCAAGCAGGAAAGUACCUGGCUGAGGGAGAGCUCCAGGGCUCUUGUCGUACUGUGCUAUAGGAAAAUUCCUGUCACACUUGGGAGCAAGCUUGUUUAAAUGUUAAUGAUCGGUGAUCUCACCUAAUUGGUAAGGGAAAUGUUAAGAAACUAUGUGGGAUCGUUAAGGUCUGCUCACCUGACUUUGCUGGAGGGUUUGAAGUGAAACCGCUUUCCUGAACUGUGUCUGCACUAGGAAAAUAGCUGCCCUUGUAACACGGGUGAAAAAAAGCCAGAUCUUGAUCUACUAGAUCCUGCCGUAUCCUACCAUAUAGAUAUCAGUAGGACAGCUAAUAACCUAGUGCUGAUGGAGUUCAGAUUUUAAGGGUUAAAUCACAGAAUCACAGAAUGGUCGGGGUUGGAAGGGACCUCUGGAGAUCUUCUAGUCCAACCCCCGCUAAAGGCUUCACCUAGAGCAGGUUGCACAGUCAUGUCCAGGCGGGUUUUGAAUAUCUCCAGAGAAAGAGACUCCACAACUUCUUUGGGCAGCUGUUCCACUGCACUGCCUCAGAGUAAAGAAAAUAUCUUCUCCAGAUGAGGCUUGUGCCUCCCCUUCCAUGAAGAAACAUUUUGUCACAGCAGUGCUCCAGCCCUGCCUGCAUUUAAAGCUUACUCGCUGCCUGUUACCAUGGGCACUCUACCCACAAAACUCAUUUUUUCUAAGGAGAAGCAACCAAACGCGGAAGAGUUCAUACAGUUUAUCUGGAACCAUGGUUGUGUCUUGCAGAAGAAGGAAAUAAAGUGAUAGCUUUCCUAAGCUGCUUCCAAGCUCUUCUGUUUGCAAAUGGGCUUGAUGCAUACUGGAGAAACGCGACUUGGGAGUCACUACAGCUAUAUCCAAACUGUAUGUGAACUGGUUGGUGGUCAAGACAGUGGAGGAAAGUCAGUACAUGACGUGACCUCUCUCCCUGUGUCUGUACUGCUGUAUGGAGGCCAAAGCUGCCUUCUGUAAAACACAUCUUCUCCGUGUCUGGGGCAGUAAGGUGUUUCUAAGAUCUUCAACAUAGUUAGGCAAGAAGAGAAAAAGCUUGGCAACAAGGCCACAAACAGCAUAUAUGUAUUUUCUUCUUGUAAAAUAUGCUUGAGGGGCCUAUUUAGUUAAGUCCUCAUCCUGAGGCACUUGUAAAGGGCUGACAGUUUUCCAUGCAAAGGUAGAAGAUCCAGUUGCCUAGCUAUUCUUCAUCAGCCUCCAGCUGCCCUAUAUAUAAGCCUUACCACAGAUUGCCCAUCACCCUGAUAUCUUCCAGGGUUACAGCUCUCCCUGACUGUUCUCUUCCAGUUGCUUGGGCUGCUUUUCCUCCUCAAGCGCCUUCCCCAGCACAAGUGGCAGAUGCUGCACCAUGUGAUCUGAUGCAAAAGGACAGGACAGACGGAGACGAGAGAAAGCGCCAAAAGCAAUAGUGAUGCAAAAGAAUUACUUUCUAAAAUUAACCAAAAUUUUUCAGCAGAAGACUGGUCAUUGCUCUCAGUAAGUUAAUCAUUUACACUGGAUUGCUUCCAUCUGCCUCUGUGCUGUGCUUUGUCAUCUAGACUACAGGCAGCUCUUAUCUUCUUGAGACCCUAGCAGUCAUCUUCUCGUUUUAGCAUUUAUGGCUUACCUGGCUCAUCAGCAGUUAUGUCCAGAAACUAUUUUCUGAAGCAUAUCUUUCCAUCUGGAAAUAAUAAUUUGCUGUGCCCUUAGGGAAGCUCGCAAAUCCGCUCGAGUUAUCCCCAGCCUGUCCAAUGACAUCAGUAUCACAUGUUCCAAAGCAAACUCGCUAAGCCUUCCUGUAAUUCUCCUGAAAACACCAACCUUUAUUUUACUGGAUGCUUUCACAGAAAGAUAUUUUGAUGUUGUGUUACCUCAGUAAAUAGAUUUUGUGGACUUGUUUGGAUCAACCAUUAUACAUUUCCUUGCUCUGCUGUUUCAAAAGGAGUAGCAUCUCAUUUCUUUCUAACCAUUAUGAACAUCGUCUGUGACUUCUGCCCUCUCCUAUAUUGUCCAAAGCAAAACCACUUUGCCGUUAAUCACGACUAGAACAGCUCCUUUCGUUACGGUCCUUGAGUUUUGAAAGGAUGACCUGAAUAUGGCUAUUCCUGUGGAAAUAAUGGUUGAAGUUCAGCCCUGGUUGCAAAAGGAUAUCCUCAGUAUCUGAUCCGCCACUGGCAGCAUUCCUGGAGAAUGCACAUGGUAUUCCACCAAAAGGGAAACAAGGGGGAAAGAGGCACUGCCGUGGGACGCUUCCCACUCAGCUGCAGACGCUGAGGGAUGAAGCAAUCAAUCAGAUUGCCUUUACAGCACUCUAGGGUAUGACUCAUCUGUUUCCAAAUGUCUGUCUGAGCAUACGGGGAACUACACCAAGGAAGUGCCUAUUUCUUACCAUAAAUCUAAAUAAGGAGUCUCAGUGUUCAUUCAGCUUAUAUACUUACAUUAGGUGAAGGGCAUUCCACUCAAUGUUUGAUUGCUAGGCGAGCUUAUCAGUGCUGCAAAUAAUUUUGGGGGUCCUGACCAGAAAGGUGCUGGGGAGCACACUCUUGCAGGCAAGGAGAGCUCUGGGGAAGGGGAAGAGCCUCUGCAGUGCAGGAGGGUAAAGUUUCUUUGUCUAGGUAUUAGCAGUGCAAGAAGGUUAGAGUGAAGAACAAACAUUCAGGGAACAGGAAUUUUUUAUCCUGAACGUGUAACAUGGAAAAGAAUUUACAGAUUGUGGAAGCAUCCAAAAUUGCUUAUAUUAAUGACUGAAUUAGGAGAAUCUGGAUUUUUUUUUUUCCCUUUUGGAUGUCAUGAGGGGAAUUUUAAACAAAGAGUUAACAUUUUCAGGGACCAAAAUAAAUGAUGUCUCUGAGAGUCCCAUACAUUGCCUGUUUUUCGUGAAACCACACUAAAAAUGGUAAGUGGAGUUCCCAUUUUCACAUCUGCUAUCCAUAUGAACAUACACCUGGCAGUGUAGUGUGUAUGUUGCUUCAGAAGGAACUCAACCAAACAGCUGUCACUCUUUAUACAGCACCAACAGUCUUGGUUAUAAACCUAGUACGUGUUUUAUUUACUGUAAAUGAAGUGUGUAUCAGCAACACUGAAUAUGAAAAUGAAAUUUUAAUGAGUCACUUUUAUGAUGCUAGAGCAAUGUGAGGAGACAUCUGUAUCUGUAAUGUGAUUUACUUUUUAAUAUGCAGUAACAUAGUUUUAGUUGGAAUAAAUAGGAUUCCCAAUAAAGACUCACAUGACUAGUUUCUUCAGUCUGUUAUUUCACACAUACUUUGAGACCUGGAGCAACCUUUUCCAUGAUUUUAUGGCAAUCCUUUUGGGACUUUUCCAGUCUUAUGUCUUAAUGUUUUCUUUCUCUCUUACCCCUUCCUCCCCACCUUUUUUUUUUUUAUAUAUAUAUAUCUUAGUACCUUGGUAUAAUUAUUUUACACUGAUUCAUUUAGUUGCAGUGUGCUAACAUAUAUUGAUUCUGAGAAAUUUGUCUGCGUCCACCAGCAUUAAAUAGUCUUUGCAUCUAUCACUUCUUAAUUGUUUCUCACAAAAAGUUAUGGAUGUGCUUUUUUCUGGAGAAAAUGUCCAAUUUGCCCCAUUUACGGAAGAGAGGAAAGCAUACACUUUGCAAUAUAUAUGAGUACACCUAAAUGGAUAUAUAGUUUUAUAUUUAUAAAAUAUAUGUUUCUAUAUUUUUAAAUACUCUAGAGAUGGCUUCAUGAUGGGAAGUUUGGAAAGAAUCCAAGCAAAAAUCUGAAUGAAUUAUGGGAAAAAUCCAUUUGCUUUCAGUAUUUUGGUUCAGUCUUGCAGAGUCGAAAGUAGCUGCUUCUUCUGACAGUCAUCAAGCUUUGAUGAUGCAAUUUCUCUUUUCAGCUUAGUCAGAAACUUAAGCCACCACUCGACUCACAUACUGCACUUGCCCACAUGAUGUUAGUUACUCAUGCGUAUUUAUUCCAUUUUUCAGCAGAUGAACUUCUGUUAGCUUUGAUGUCUAGGCCUUUUAGGCAUACCUCCUGGGAAAGCAAUUAAAUUCCUUGCACUUGAAAAGCCCAGACAACUCAUGCUAUGAAAGCAGCAUCAGGUCUGUCCAGACCCCAGCAGUUGCCCCUGGCUUUCGUGAGAGACAGUAUUACGAAAAGCUACACAACCCAAACCAACUUCUCUGAAAACACUUUUUACAGCAAAAUUAAACCCCUCCUCAUCUCACUGUUUUGCCAGAAGCUUGUUUUCUUCCAGCAAGUAUAGCCUUCCUGUGAAGGCUUCUUAUUUUCAUUCUUCCCCCAGCCAUCCUGCUGUUGCACAUCAUUCUCAGAUAAACACAGGGGCAGCAGUGCCCCGCUCUUGCUCUGGAACCCCAGUCAGUGCUAAGAGAAUGCUCAGCACAGGAGCCUACAGGUGCCACCCACCAUGAGCCAACACCCUCACUCUGAGUGUCCCUAAAAACUAGCUGAAGCCAACAGGAGCACGGCUUGCUCCACCCUAGGCAUCAUUACGUAGUUACUGCCCAGCAUCAGCACAGAACUGUAUUGUGUGGGUGAUAUUUAGAAUGCACUUCAUUACAGUUCAUCUUUUGCCAUUUCUUUAGCUUGUUUCCAUCUUCAUGGGGAGUAUAGUACAUCUAAAACUGUAUUUUAUCUUCUUUCCUGUUAAGUACUCUCAAUCAUAACACCACCAGGACUGGCGCAUUCACAUGGAUAUUCACACGUGUUUAUAAUAAACCUGUGCUAACACAACUCGUAUUUAAGCAGAGUCUCAGGUUUUAAAAUUAAAAAACCCAAAAACACAAACAAAAGAAAAUAGGCAUUGAUAAGUGUUUUUUAAUGUUGCAUAUUACAGGUUGUGUUAUUUAACUAUGUGUGAUUUGUAAAUAACAGAAUAUUGUUUAAAAAAUCUAUCUACUGCAUAAUAUUUUUUUUUUUUUUACAUCAAUGGUUCUGUUUGUUUUCCCCAAAAUCUGAUGGAAUUUCCUUCAGCCCUCCAUUUCUUCUUAGAUUGCCCCACGUUUUAGUCAGCGUGCCAGCUGCAAACACUGCCGCAGAGAAAGAAACAGCUGCCCUGGUAGCUCUGUCCUUCACUGAGGCUAGCAAGGCCCCGCUUCGUGAGACCAUAUUACUUGAGAUGAUGUUUUCCUGGAAGCAGGUUCACAAAAAGUGGCUUGCUGUGUUUCAUUUA